CUUAUUCCCAACCCUCUUCUUCUUUGUUGUCGCCGCCGACCGCAACCUCUCACUGGUAAGCCAAAUUGCCCAACUCAAUGCUUACUGCCUCCCUCACACACACUCCGAAUUUUAGCUUUCUUUCUUUUUUUCUUCCCCCACUGGAUGCCAUCUUUUUUCUCAAUUAUAUGCUCCUGUUUGUUCCUGUAUUCAAUUUGGGGUUUCUUGCUUGCUUGCUUGUGGAGAUUCCGAACUGUGUCUAGAGAUCUUUCUAUACGGGCAUUUUUGUUAUUGUUAUGAAAGAUUGAGCUAAAAUGGUUGUUUGGGUGCCCGAAAAAACUAGGGGAAUUGGAUUUCACUUUCGAGUUUAUCUAUGUUUGUUUGUUUGUGGAAAGGUCUUGAUUGGAGUUUUUAAUGAUUACAUCUGUUUCUGGUUUUUCUUUUUGUAUGGGCUGUGUUGUAACUUCUGUUUCUCAGCAUUUUCUUUCCUUGUUAAUAUAUUCUGCCCAAUGUGAGGAGUAGUUGUGAAUCAGUAUUGUUUAUUUGCCUUAGUGUUUUCCAGGUGUUGUUCAAUUCCCGGGUUCGAUUUGAAUUGAUCUUAUAUUGUAUAAGGGAAAAGUUCUUCCUGGCCUAACAAGAAAGUUUUGUUUCAAAAUUGCAUCUUGAAAGGAAUGAUUCGGAAUGAAUAAGAGGAGGGUUUAAACAAAGAAUCUCCCAUAUGGAAGGGAACUUAGACAAGAAAAACAAAGGCACAACAUCAAAUGAAUUGGGUGGUGGUGUUGCUGUUGAUGUGACCGGGUAUGCAAGAAACAGUGUCCCUGGAAUUCUUACAAAGGAAGAUCCAGAUGAGACAGAAUACUCGAGCUCAUUUGCAGACUCAACAUCUUUGAACGGUAACAUUUCUGGCCCAAGUGAUGCUGAAGCUGAUUCCCAUUUCGGCAAUGAAAGCGACUUUGGUUCUCCUUUUGAUGGGUUUGGAUGUCUCUUCCCAAUGAGGAAGAAAAGGUUGACCAGUCACUGGAGAAACUUUAUAAGUCCUCUAAUGUGGCGAUGCAAGUGGGUAGAAGUGAAACUAAGAGAAUUUAAGUCACAGGCAAAAAAAUAUGACAGGGUGAUGUCUAAAUAUGAUAGGGGGAAACAUAAGGUGUUAGAUCAAGUCUUGCUAGAAGAUUGUGGAUCAAAAGCAAUACCAUACAUUCAUCAAAGCGAGAAGAGGAAGGCCAUGAAGAGGAGGAAAAGAAAAAGAGCCGAAGGAACUGAUGUAUCAUCGUAUAUGUCAAACCAUAAGCUUUUCUCUUACUUUGAAAACAAGAAAUCUGACCCAGACGGUGCCUCUGCAGGGGAUGAUUUGAGUGUAGUGUUGGUAGAACAGAAUGGCAGUGCCCAUGAAGAGUUGGUCAGUGAUGAUUUGUCAAUUCUAAAAGGCAAUCAAGAUUUACCAGAACAGGUCCUAAGGAAAAUUGAACAGCUCUACACACGGGUUCAUAAGCUGACUGCUGAACUUGAUUCAAUGAUGGAAAAGAAUUCUUUGAAGUUCUCUUCCUCUGAGAAUCUGAGCAACCUGUGUGGUGGUGGUGGGUUUUAUGAGGCGCAGGACAGCUCUGUCCGUAACACUACAACUUUCUCUGCUUGCAAUGGGGAGACAAUGUCUGUAGGAUGUCUAUACACGCCGCAUGUUCAACAUGUAUCUGUCAAUGAAUUUGGAGGAGAUUCCAUCAUGCAUGAUUGUGCUAUUUCGAGCUUUGGAGACGCUAAUAAUAAUCCUCCAGAUAUUGUAGAAAGUAGCACUGGGUUUUUGUCUUUUGUUGAUGCUUCCCAGCAUCAUCACGGUCAGGUCGGAGAUUCCAGCGAAAAAAUUGUGGAUAACAUCUUGGUGCAAAAUGAAGCAUCUGAAGUAGAAGAAGGGUCUCUUUUGAUGAAGAUAAAUCAUGAACCAUCAUCAUCAUCCAUGGAGAAAAAUAUUGCAGCAGAGAGCGCCAAUCCGGUUACUGCCUCAGUACCACAACCAAGUAUAGCCUGUGGUACUUCCCAGGACCAACUGACUUUGAGGCCGUUUGUGGGCCCUGAAGUCCCUUUUCCUACUACCACCAGCAAAAGAAAGCGUGGGGAACGCAAAGCUGGUGGCACUGGUUGGAACUGGCAAAAUCCAGAACCUGACAGCUAGUAAAAAGGCAGAGACUUUCAUCAAAUGGCACUUGAAAAAUGAAAGGGUGAAGACUGAAGACAGUGUGUGGCUCUGAUGAUUCCAAGGAAAGAAUGCGACGAUUAUCUUAGCUUCUGCAAAAACUGGAAUCUUUUUUUCGUGUUGUAUUGUUUUUUUUAAUCUGCUGAUGGCACAAGUUUAUUAUUCUGUUAAUUUAUCAAGGCAGAUUUGUAUUUUCUAUUUCUGGUAUAGGUAUGAUCUUCUUGAACAUUGGCAUUUGCUUCAUAAAUGCUUUGAGUGUUA